UGACCCUCCGGGCGCCUCGUGUGCAACUCUCUUUUUCCAAAUCAAAAUGGCGGCGCCGCAUGGCGUAAAACUGAAGGAUUUAAAGUGUGAUUUUACGGACACCACAGCGGCACAGCCUCCACAGGACGCUCAGGUGGAUUUUGGAAAGCAUGACCUCUUUGAUCUGGACGUGGUGAAGAUCUCUGAUGCUCUCCAUGGCAGUCUGGAUCCCUCCAUUCUGUCCAUCUUCCAGGAGAAGACGAGUACGGAGAGUGUGGAGAGCGAGGCGUCUCUGCUGUGCGCGCUGACUGAGAUCCUGGACAGUGUGGAUGUGGAGUCGCUGUCUCCGUUCGACACGCUGCCGGACGCCGAGAUAUUCGCUGCGCACAAGAGUUCAGGCCACACGCUCAGGAAUCUGCUUCAUGCUCCAGAGCCGUCAUCAAAUCAACACCCAAAAAACCCACAAUCAGCCGCUUCAAAGUCCAGAAGAGAGGUUGUGAUAUCAGACAGACAGCUGAGGCCCCGUCGCCAUUCAGGAUCCCAGAUUGAGAUUUCACAGCGAGACGACCAUGAGAAAAAUACGAAAAGUCAUUCUACGAGAAUCUUCCGGAUCGAAUCCGAUGCUGUGUUCACAGAGGACAGACUGGAGCUGCUUGCAGAAUUAGUGAGACACAUGCACCCGUACUGCAUGAAGAUCUCCAGCGCGUCUACAGAGGACGACGAGGAGGAGUUUGUGGAUGUGGAGGCUUACGAGGAACCGGAGGAGAACAUGCUAGACCAAUCAGAGCUCGGGAAAGAGUCCAAAGCAGAAAAUGCAUCGUCUUUUAAAGCUGAGGAUCAGCAUGAACACAAAGACCCAAACGCACGAAACACGAGUAUAAAGAGCCACGGAGAAGAAAGCAUCAUGUCUUCAGAUCUAAAUGUUGAGUUGACGAUACAACACAGCGCUUUAGUCAAAACCAAUGUAGCACAGAUCAAGAAGAAGAAGAAGACGGUGACCUUUGCACUUAAUUUAACCUCCGUGUAUGAGAUUCCAGCUUAUAAUGACGAGUCUGACUCUGAUAAAGCAGAAUCACCUGCUUUAGAGGAUGAUGCUUCUAAAAAUGAUGCAACGUGUUCUACUAAUGACAUCACUGCUUUUAAAAGUGACAUCACCUCUUCUAAAAAUGACAUCACUUCCCCUAAGAAGCCCAAAAUGCUCAGUCUGCAGGAGUAUCGUCUCCUCAGGCUGAAGAAGCGGCCGAUGGAGCAGAGGCGGAUGGACUAUCGGACCAAAUGGCCUUCGCUUCCCGACGUUCCCAGGGAACUUCCAGAUUUGUUUAAAUUCAACCCGAAACCGAGUGGAAACGCUCAUUCUGCCAAGAAAUUAAAAGCAGCAAAUGUGCAGACGUGUCAGUCCGAGCCAAAGCAUGUCAGACGUCCAGCCAGAACGCAAGUAGAUCAUUGUGUGGAUCCUCCAAACCCAGUUUUAGUGCCGCUGAAGAUCACUGAUGAGCAGAUUGAGGACAGAGAUGCAACCCAAACUCCAGCAGAAGUGCAGAAUUUAAAACCCGAGGUCGGGCUCUCUGAGGUCACACAGGUGAGCAUCGAACCCAAAUCUUCAGCUGCGAAAUCAGAAUUACCAGUACUGAAGCCUGACGCCGUCACAGAAGAGCAGACGCAGAACUCGUGUGGAGAAAUCGGAAUUGAAGCUUCAGAUCUGACCAGUCUUCUGGAGCAGUUCGAGACUCAAGCUUGUGAUACUCAGACGCUUCCAGAGGUUUCUGCGGAUGAGUCUCAGUGUCGUCUGCCGGACCUCAGCAGCACUGCAGGUCUGACUCCUCCUGCAACUCCUCCACAUCAGAUCUGGAGGCCAAAAGGGACCAAACAUGACCCCAUUAAACCUUCAUCCAGCAAAACCAUUCAGAUUAUUGAACCCCGGCCUCUGCCACCCAGUAAAACUCAAUCUAAACCUCCACUGGCCACCGUUACUCCUGCGAUAAACCCUCCUCAAGCGUUCCUGGAUCACGAUUACUGCGGGAUGCAGGCACAAAUAAACUCACCUUCGUGCAAUUACAGGACGUUAUCGGAGAGUCCGCGUCUGCCGGCAUCAGUGCUGCUCUCUCCGGACAGCUCCCCCUGCAGGAUGGAGACAUUCGAGGAGGUGGAGUCUCUCAGGGGGCGGGGCUUGUGCUUUUCUACCCACUCUCCGAGCCCAUUGGACCGUGGAAGACUGAAGAGGCGGAGAUAUGAAGGCAGAUACCGACACUCCAGGUCCAGCUCCGGAUCAUCAUGCUCAUCAUGCUCUUCAUCGUCGUCUUCAUCAUCGUCGUCUCGUUCCAGGUCUCGCUCUCCACCCACAAAAAGGUACAGGUCCAGGCAUUCUGGAAGCAGUUCGUCCUCGCGUUCGAGUUCAAGAUCGUCUUCUCGAUCUCCGGUUCGCCAGUGUGGACACCGCAGAUCCAGAUCACAAAACAGAUCCAGAUCCUUGUGCCGAUCGCGUUCUGGUUCUCGCUCACCUGAGCCGGAUUGCAGAUGGCAGAGUCGUAGGCAGAAGGAGCUGAACCGACGACAUGAAGAGGCUCGAAAACUCCGGCAGCAGAAAGCAAUAGAGGAGCGUAGAGUGGUGUAUGUGGGAGGAAUCAGGGAAAGUAUGGCACCUUCAGACCUCAAAGAUCGAUUCUCACUGUUCGGGAAGGUUGAGGAUUGUACAGUUCAUCUCAGGAGUCACGGAGACAACUAUGGUUUUGUCACGUAUUACAACACUGACGACGCUUACGCUGCUAUUGAGAACGGCGGGAAACUGAGGCGUCCAGACGAGCUGCCCUUCGACAUCUGCUUCGGCGGCAGACGACAGUUCUGUAAAUCCAACUAUGCAGAUUUAGAUUCCAACCGGGACGUUGAUCCCGCAUCCCGGAGCCGACUGGAGUCUUUUGACUUCGACACGCUGCUGAAACAGGCUCAGAGAGGACAGAAGAGGUAGCAGAGCUGGAGAUGGACACAUUAACGUUACCUCAGAGCCCUGAUGUAAACCUUGUUGAAACAUCACAGGAAUGAUGCACCUGCUGUGUUUUUGGAUGUUCACCCAAAAGUAAUUCAUUUAUUCACCCUUCACAAACCCCUUUGAAAAUUUGUAUUCUGUUGAACACAAAAGAAGAUGCUUUGAAAAAUGUUGUUAACCGGUAACCAUUGAUUACCAUAGUAUUUGUUUUUACCUACUAUGGAAGUCAAUGGUUACCAGUUUCAAACAUACAAUGGCCCAGUUUCACAAACAAGGCUUAGAUUAAGCCAAGACUAAGGCUUUGUUAAAUUAGGCUAAUUAAGCCACAUUUAUAAAAAUAACCUUAGAAUAUAUUACUGGUGUGCACCUGGAGAAAAUAAAAGACACUGAUAUAUUUAAGCAUCUCACUGCAAGUUAUGUUGAGUUGAGACAGCUGAAACAUGCAAUUUAAUCUUGACUAGCCUUAAACCUCGUUUGUGAAACCGGCGAUAUUUGUCCUAUUAUGUGUUCAACAGAAAGUCAGAUUUGGAACCGUGUGAGGGUGAGGAAAUGUUUAUUUUUGGGUGAACUAUCCCAAUAUAUUCAGUAUUUUGUUGGUCAUCCGUCAUUAUUACCUUGGUCACAUGCUACUAAACCCACUGUACAAUUUAAGCAGGUUUAAAGGAGUAUUGUGGGUGAAGUAGAAGUUCAGCUCUGUUGACAGUAUCAGUGAUCAUUAAAACACAAAUGCACUUAUACUGGGAGUCUGUGGAUCAUGCUUGAGUUUAAGCAGGAAUGCAUACUUGUAGUUUUUCAGCAGGGUUGAUUGCACUUCACUAAACUGACUUCAUUUUCACCUCUUUCUUACUUGACGGUUCUAUUAAAGUACUUUUGUUUAUAUAAUUCUGUACAUAAAAAUGAAAAGGCAUUAAAGGAGUGAAUUGUCAUCAUAGUUUAAAUGGCAAUUGGUUUGUUUUUUGUAUAUAACCUGCUUUUUUUGAGUGAUACCAAAAAUGUUUUCAUCCUUUUUCAGUUGUAAUGAUGUUGCUUUACCUGAAUAAAAAGAUUUAUGUACUAAUCAA